AUGGCAACUAUACAGCGACGUUUAUUAAAAGAGUUUAAAACUGCUCAGGAAAAUUCAGCUCAAGUCAAUAAAUUAGAACCAAAAGGAAAUGAUAUUUUACAAUUGGAAGCUAAGAUUGUUGGACCAGAUAAUUCACCGUAUGCUGAUCAUAUCUUUACUCUUGAUAUUAAUUUGCCAACGGAUUUUCCAUUUAAACCACCUAAGGUUAAAUUCGUGACACCAGUAUAUCAUCCAGCAGUCAAGGAUGAUGGAAGUAUUUGUCUCGAUGUUCUUGGUGAAAAAUGGACACCAAAUCUUUCAAUUGUUACAAUUUUACUUCAAAUAAUCGAAUUGUUGGCUGAUCCAAGUACUGAAAGUCCUCUUGUAUCUGCUAUAGCCCAACAAAUUCUUAAAAAUCCAGAUGAAUUUUAUGAAACAGCUCGAAAACAUACAGUAGCCCAUGCUCAACCAAAACCGACGCAAUAA